AUGCUGUCGGGGGCGUGGGACCCCUACCCCAUAGACAUGGCCUUCCAGCCGCCAUGCAUGACCGUGAGCCACAUCGGCCUGGCGCAGCCCGGCAAGAUCAUGCGCGGCGUCAAGGCGGACCAGUGCGAGCGCCACCUGCACCAGCUGCAUGUGUGCGCCCCCGCCAAGCGCGGCCACACGCGGCUGCUGUAUCGCAUGAGCCUCGACUUCAUGGGCUGGGUGCGGUACGUGCCCGGGAUACUGCAGGUCUGGAAGGCGGUCGCGGGCCAGGUCCUCGGAGAGGACCUGGUGCUGGUGCUGGGCCAGCAGGACAGGCUCGAGCGCGGCGGCGACACCUGGUCAACCCCCGUCUCCUACGACAAGCUCGCCGUGCGCUACCGCCGCUGGCGCAACAGCGUCGCCGCGGGCGAGGUGUUCGGCGAGGCGCGCACCGCGAUGCAGCGGAUGGGGGCCGGGUCCAUGUUCUCGGUCGACGACGGGGCGGCGUCUGACGGGGAGGGGGAGGGCGGCGCCGCGCGCGGCGACGCGGUGCUGGAGGGUGCGGCGGAGGGCUUCGCCGACGACAUAGAGCGCGCGGCGCGGCGCGGCGAGGCGGGGGCGCGGCUGGAGCAGGGGCGGGAGCAGCAGCAGCAGGAGCAGCAGGAGCAGCAGGAGCAGCAGGUGCUGCAGCGCGUGAGCCGCGGCUAG